AAAUCAUUGGGGGACAUGUAUUUUAAACUAUAGCUUUUCGUUGUUCUUUUAUUUCUCCAAUUAUUUUUUGUCAUUGUGGUUUUAUUUCCCUUAAUAAUGCGUGGGGUUGUCGUAGCAAGUAUUUUUCUCGUUGUACACUGUAUGUGUGCGGUUAUAAACGCUGAACUCGUCCGCGAUCAACCGUCUACAGACGUCCGAAAAUUAUCGAUCUCGAGAAAAUCCCUGAACUCUCAGCGACGUUUUCGCCGAGACGCGAAACACGAGGAAGAUGAAGAUGUAGUCAACGUAGGAGGAGACGGGAAUUGCCACAAUCCUACCGUGGAUAAAAGCAGUAGAAUAGAAGAUAAUCCAUGGAAGUUUGAAAACGAAACAAAGAUGAGUAUUUCUAUCAGCUGGAUCGGUAAAAAACAGACUGGGGAAGCUGCGACAAUGCUACUGUUGGCCACAACUGAGCUGAUGUUUUUCUACAGCAAACCUUCAGACCUUUACAAAAGUGAGGACUUUGGAAAAAAUUUCAAUCAUGUGAAUGCUGAAGUUUUUAAUAUGCAUAUCAGAAAGGACAGUGGAAUCUUGAAAAGCCCAAUUGACCCUAACAAGGUUAUUCUAGUUUCUCACAGCAUUCCAUUUUUCCCAACACAAUCUGGCCUGGUUAUCACCAAAAAUGGGGGGAAAAGUUGGGAGAAGAUGAAAGUUCCAUUUCAGAUCAGUGGACCACUUCUGUUUCAUCCAUGGAAGGAAGAUUGGAUCUUGGCAAGGGCUGUUGUUAAUGGGAUGGCUUAUUUAUCAACAGACUUUGGACAUAACUGGAAAUUUUUACAGAGUUAUGUUAGGAGCUUAAAAUGGGGUGCCAUCACAGAUACAAAAAAGGAAGAAAACACAAUUUUAAUGACAGUCUCAUCUAAUGCUAAUAGCUUCCUAAAAGGAGAAGCCAAGUUGCUUAGAUCAAGAGACCUUGGAGAAAAGUUUGAAUCUAUCCACGUUCAGCAUGUUUACUCCUUUGGACUUCAGGGCCACUUCCUCUUUGUCUCUGUGCGCCACAAUAUGUAACGUCAAUGAUUAGUUUUAACCGUGGUGGUGGGUGGAGCACUAUUCCCUUGGCGGAUGAACAAUGCAAGAACGUCAAGCGAGAGCCAGGUGAGAAGUGCUCUCUUCAAAUCCAUGGCCGUUUCAGUCGAAGUAGAGGUGUAGACUUUGCCAUGGGUCCCUUGAGCAUUCCUAACGCGGUUGGUAUCAUACUUGCUCAUGGUCAUGCGGGUAGCGCCUUGAACAGAAACGUGGACGUGUGGAUGACACGUGACGGAGGGUACACGUGGAAUAAGGUUCUGAGUGGCUCGCACCAUUACUCCAUUGGAGAUCAUGGAAACUUGAUCGUGGCUGUACCAGCUUUCAGCUCUGCCACAAAAUAUCUCAUGUAUUCAGUGAACGAGGGCCGCUGUUGGUUCAAGCAUCCUUUUACAAACCGUGACUUCACUGUCACCGGGUUGGUCACAGAGCCGGGUGGAAAAACAAUGAGGUUCAGUUUGUGGGGAUUUACUUUACCUUCAAGAGAGUGGGAGGUUAUCACUGUGGACUUUGAGAACGUACUCAAAAGAGCUUGUAAAGAUGACGAUUACGAAAAGUGGAUACCUCACGGUGAAGGGGCGAAAAACGGAUGCCUGCUGGGUAGAAAAGUUUACAUUCUAAGACCAAAGAAAGAGAGUCUUUGUUUUAAUGGAGUGGAUUAUAUCCAUCAAGAAAAAAGUGAAUGUUGUGAGUGUACACACGAUGAUAUAGAAUGCGACUACGGCUAUCAUUCAAAUGGAACUGAUUGCGUGAGGGACGAACAUAAACCUCCAGAGCUUUGUAUACAUGGUGAUGUGGAAACAGACAAUUUAGGAUAUCGACGUAUUCCAGGUGAUCAGUGCUGUGGAGGUGAUCCUAUUGUGAACAAGUAUUUAGACACACAGCAGCUCUGUAAAAAUGCUUCAUGGUACGAAUACGGGAUGAAUUAUGACUAUGAGGCAAAAUUUGCAAAGAAGAAGGCGCACAGUAAAGGUGCGGUAUGGAUAGUCUUUCCUAUGGUUUUGAUUUUGAUUGUGGCCGCUGUGUACUUUGGCAGAAAAUACUGGAAGGUUCAUAAAAUCCGCCCCUCUUAUCGCUACUCUAAACUUUCUCAAGACGACGUGGAAGAAAUGGAGGGCUCUGAGAGUUUCAAGUAUGAUCCCAGACCCAAAGGAUUGAAGGGAGGUGGUAAGAGAUUGAGGGAGGGGGGUGGUGUUGGGGUUUACAGAGAGAAUUCCAGCGCUCACGGAACCACUCAG